UGGAGUUUCUGCUGGGGAAUCCCUUCAGCACCCCGGUGGGGCAGAGCCUCGAAAAGGCCACGGAUGGCUCCCUGCAGAGUGAAGACUGGACGUUGAACAUGGAAAUAUGCGACAUCAUCAACGAAACAGAAGAAGGCCCCAAGGAUGCCAUCCGAGCGCUCAAGAAGAGACUGAAUGGGAACAGGAACUACAGAGAAGUCAUGCUGGCUCUAACGGUACUGGAAACUUGUGUGAAGAAUUGUGGCCAUCGCUUUCACAUCCUGGUAGCCAACCGUGACUUCAUAGACGGCGUCCUGGUGAAAAUCAUCUCUCCCAAGAACAACCCCCCCACCAUCGUUCAGGAUAAAGUCCUUGCCCUAAUUCAGGCCUGGGCUGAUGCCUUUCGAAGUAGCCCGGACUUAACUGGAGUGGUGCAUAUUUACGAAGAGCUCAAAAGGAAAGGAGUGGAAUUUCCAAUGGCCGACCUCGAUGCUCUGUCUCCGAUUCACACUCCUCAGAGAAGCAUCCCUGAAGUCGACCCGGCGGCCAACAUGCACAAGUCCCAAUCCCAGCCAAGGGUGAGCUCCAGUUCCUACCCCUCGCCUUCCCCGAUGGCAUACCCGGCCCCACAGGCUCCGCCUCUGAACGUGACCGGCCCUAUCACCGCGAAUACGGAACAGGUCGCCCGGCUGCGCAGUGAGCUCGACGUCGUUCGCGGGAACACCAAAGUGAUGUCCGAGAUGCUCACGGAAAUGAUCCCCGGCCAGGAAGAUUCUUCAGAUCUCGAGUUACUGCAGGAGCUGAACCGGACGUGUCGUGCCAUGCAGCAAAGGAUUGUGGAGCUCAUCUCCCGCGUGUCCAACGAAGAAGUCACGGAAGAGCUGCUGCACGUGAACGACGACCUGAACAACGUCUUCCUCCGAUACGAGAGGUUUGAACGAUAUCGGCUGGGUCGGGCGACACAGAACACCAGCAAUGGGGUUCUCAACGAAGUGACCGAAGACAACUUGAUAGACCUGGGGCCCGGCUCACCGGCCGUGGUCAGCCCCAUGGUCGGAAACACGGCUCCUCCGGCGCCCACCCUCUCCACACAACUUGCCGGUCUCGAGUUGGGGGCCAGCAACGUGAGCGGGACCCUCAGCUCCCUCCAGCCCUCCAACCCCCGCGACGACUUCGACAUGUUCGCGCAAACGCGAGGCGGUUCGUUGGCAGAUCAACGCAAGACCGUGACCCACGAAGACCCCCAGGCUGUUCGAGGGCUGGCGUCUGCCCUGGAUGUUCGGAAACAGACCACGGGAGGGGUAGGUCGCUUCUCUGCCCAGUCGAGAGGUAAAGUUGGCAGCUCAGACUUGGAACCCAUAGACAAAUGGCUAAUAACGCAAGGAAUGAUUCCAGUUGCGCAGUCCUCUGUCAUGGAUGACAUAGAGGAAUGGCUCAGUACCGAUGUGAAAGGAGAUGACCUGGAAGAAGGCGUGACGAGCGAAGAGUUUGACAAAUUUCUAGAAGAACGCGCCAAAGCCGCCGAAAGGAUCCCCAGCUUGCCCUCGCUGCCACCAGAGGAGCCCACGCCGCUGCCAGCGAACCCUGCCAGCAAAAAGAAGUCAGAGCGCACGGAAGACGCCCUCUUCGCCCUGUAAUGC